UUUCCAGUUCCCCUCUCACUCUCUCUCUCUCUCCAGGAUGAAAGACAGCAUUUCAUUAGUCCCGAAGUCAAGGCUCCUCUGGCAUUGAUUGAUGUCGCUCUGGUAGCAGGGGGAGAGAAUGCAGCCCGACAGGUGCCAAUUCUUGUGAAGAGUAUAUUCUACCAUCGUCUUUUCAGCCAAAAUUGCAAGCGACCUCAUCCCAAUUUUCGCUUUCAUAUUGUCUGCUCUGGUAAGACCUGCAAAGGUCUUUCUGUACUAUUUGAUACUUGGAAAAUCGCUGGUCUGACACAGGUUCACUUCUACGACAUAGUGGAGUAUGAGGCCAUUGUAUUAGAUUUGGACACGCUGAUUGAAGGGGAUUUAAUGGACCUUUGGAAAACUGCUGAACAGUUAGAAAAUGAUGAGGUGAUAGGUCUGGUUGAAAAUCAGAGUGAAUGGUACCUUAUGCAACAUGGAAAAUCCUUUUGGCCAACUCUUGGUCAUGGGUUUAACACCGGUGUUAUGCUGCUUGAUUUGAAGAAGAUGCGCAAAAUAGAUUGGAGCCAGUACUGGAGGAACGUUACCCGAAUAUACUUGAAAAAUGCAUCUCACACGUCCCUCGCCGAUCAGGACAUAGUGAAUACAGCUAUCUACUUUAAUGCCAACAUUGUGCGCAGACUUCCUUGUGUAUGGAAUCUUCAACUCGGCGAAAACGCAAAUUAUGCACACUGCCUCACAAGCGAAACCAUGAAAAAUGUUCGAUUAGGCAAAAAGGGUUUGCAGAUAUUGCAUUGGAAUAGUCCAUCAAAGUCAAUUUCCCUAAUUAAGACUGGGCUGGGCUUGGAUAAGGAAACUGAAAAGGAAUUGGAUAAGACAAGACGAGAAUCUAUGACACCUGCAAAUUUGCGGCUAAAAUUCGCCAUGAAAUUAGAACGUCUGUCCAAUCUUGAUGGAAAUCUGUUCAGAGGGAAUGCGACGCUUUCGACUGAGGUUAAAACAUCCAGCUACGAAAAAGGAAUUAUGAGAUUUUGCCCUCUCCUUCGAUUAGAAUUGAAACUCAGGAGACGCAUACUUCCCUUCUUUUACGGAAGUAAUUCCAUCAUUACUGGAGACGUUGCCCUUGUCAGCCAACUUACCCUAGACAGGCUACAUCGCCUUGAGGAAAUAGCAGCUCACUGGGAAGGUCCAAUGAGCCUGACCGUCUAUAUCACUGACAGAGAAGCUGCAAUUCUCGCAGAAUACCUUGAAUCCUCACCCGUUCUUGCUUCAAGAAAUAACAUCUGUAUUCAUUUGGUCUUCCAGGAAGGUGUAAGUGGAGAACUUGAAUUUUAUUAUGAUAAAAAUUUUGUGCUAAAGGAUGAAGCUGCAUAUCUGGACGAUAUCGUAGAAGUUAGACGAAUGGACUAUGAACUCGAAGGGAGAAUAGAAUGUCUCCGUCAACAUUUUAUUGAUUAUGGUUUCCAUCUGAGGCAAGAGAGAAGUAAUUACUAUCCCAUUAACGCUCUUCGAAAUGUUGCCAUUCGGUACUCAGAAACAAAGCACAUUUUCGUCAUCGAUUUCGAUUUCAUUCCAAAGCCUGGACUUUAUGCUAAUUUUCUAAAUUUGUUAUCAACAACCAUUGAAAAUACGACUAAGGUGGCUUACAUAGUACCAGCAUUUGAGACCUUUAAUAGUCAAUUGGAUUUUCCAAGCACAAAGGAGGAAUUGUUGCAGCAAGUUGCGUCUGAGGUGGUGAAGCCAUUUCGAAUAGACGUCUGGCAGACUGGUCACUUGGCGACCAACUACUCACACUGGUAUUCAACGGAUGUUGCCUAUGGCGUGACAUGGGAUACCGAUUUUGAGCCUUAUGUGCUGAUCAAUAGGGAGUUUGGCCAAUUCGAUGAGAAUUUUGUUGGUUUCGGAUGGAACAAAGUAUCCUUCUUUAUGCUACUUGAUGCUUUGGAUUUUAAAUUUAUUGUCAUUCCCGAUGUCUUCAUAAUACAUUUCCCUCAUGCGCCAAGUGUUGAAUCCAACCGAUUUCGUCAUUCGGUUGCCCUCAGGCUAUUUUUUUUUCUUAUUUUUAGACACUGCUUAGAGGAGUUGAAAGUCAGAUACAUAAAGGAUCUUGCGUCCCGAUAUGGAGUGAAGUCUUUGAAGUACCUUCGAUUUCGACAUCGAACACAAAAAUUAUAA